UAGAUUAGCAAGACUUCAAAAAACAAAAAUGGGGUUGAAAAGACCUGUGUCUUCGAACUGCAGUUCUCUCAACUCCUUUGAAGUCAUGCUUGCAGCUCUCCUUGUCAUGUUCGUGGUGGUCUGUGCUGGCUUAAUUGCGGUGUCCUGGCUGGCAAUCAAGGGAUCUGAACAAGAUGCAGUAGUUGGAACCAGUCAUGAAGUCAAAGGGACAUUUAAAAUAACAUCUGGAACUGCAUAUACUCUUAAUUUGCAAGACAAACUCUCAGAGGAUUUCAAAGUUCUUGCAUUUGACCUUCAGCAAAUGAUAGAUGAGAUCUUUCAAACAAGUAAUCUGAAGAAUGAAUACAAAAACUCUAGAAUUAUACAAUUUGAAAAAGGCAGCAUUAUAGUCAUAUUUGACCUUCUCUUUACCCAAUGGGUGUCAGAUGAAAAUGUUAAAGAAGAACUCAUUCAGGGCAUUGAAGCAAAUAAAUCCAGCCAACUGGUCACUUUCCAUAUUGAUCUGAACAGCAUCGAUAUCACAGACAAGCUAACAACUAGCAGUCUUCCGGCAACUACAGGAAAUGUCUCAGUAGACUGCCUGCCUGGUUCAAGGCUUUGUGCUGAUGCUCUAACGUGUAUAGCAAUCAGUUUAUUUUGUGAUGGAGAAUUAAACUGUCCAGAUGGCUCAGAUGAAGACAAUAAACUUUGUGCCACAGCUUGUGAUGGAAGAUUUUUAUUAACUGGAUCUUCUGGGUCCUUCCAGGCAGCCCGUUAUCCAAAUUCUUCUAAAUCCAUUGUUGUUUGCCAGUGGAUUAUACGAGUAAACCAAGGACUUUCCAUUGAACUGAGCUUUGAUUAUUUUAAUAUAUACUACACCGAUGUAUUAAAUAUUUAUGAAGGCAUAGGAUCGAGCAAGAUUUUAAGAGCUUCUAUCUGGGAAACCAAUCCUGGUAUAAUUAGGAUCUUUUCCAACCAAGUUACUGCCACCUUUUUUAUAGAACCUGAUGAAAAUGAAUACACUGGCUUUAAUGCAACAUACACUACAUUUAACAGCAGAGAGCUUAACAAUGAUGAUAAAAUUAAUUGCAAUUUUGAGGAUGGUUUUUGUUUCUGGAUCCAGGAUCUAAAUGAUGAUAAUGAAUGGGAAAGGAUUCAAGGAAACACCUUUCCUCCCUUCACUGGACCAAAUUUUGACCACACUUUGGGAAAUAUUUCAGGAUUUUACAUUUCUACCCCGACUGGACCAGGAGGGAGAAAAGAAAGAGUACGACUUUUAAGCCUCCCUUUCGUCCUCACUUCGGAACCAGUCUGCCUUAGUUUCUGGUAUUAUAUGUAUGGUGAAAAUGUCUAUAAAUUAAGCAUUAAUAUCAGCACUGAACAAAACAUGGAGAAGACAAUUUUCCAAAAAGAAGGAAAUUAUGGAGACAGUUGGAAUUAUGGACAAGUCACAUUAAAUGAAACAGUGGAAUUUAAGGUUGCUUUUGAUGCUUUUAAAAACACAUUCCUGAGUGACAUUGCAUUGGAUGACAUUAGCCUAACAAAUGGGACUUGCAAUGUGAGUCUUUACCCAGAACCAACUUUGGUCCCAACUCCUCCACCAGAACUUCCAACGGACUGUGGAGGACCUUUUGAACUAUGGGAGCCAAAUACAACAUUCAGCUCUAUGAACUUUCCAAACAACUACCCUAAUCAAGCAUUCUGUAUUUGGAAUUUAAAUGCACAAACAGGAAAGAAUAUACAACUUCAUUUUCAAGAAUUUGACUUAGAAAAUAUUGCAGAUGUAGUUGAAAUCAGAGAUGGUGGAGAAGAUGAUUCUUUGCUCUUAGCUGUGUACACAGGACCCGGUCCGGUAAAUGAUGUAUUCUCUGCCACCAACAGAAUGGCUGUGCUUUUCAUCACUGAUGACCAGGUGACAAGUGGGGGCUUUAAAGCAAAUUUCACUACUGGCUAUCACUUGGGGGUUCCAGAACCCUGCGAGGAAGACAAUUUUCAAUGUGAAACUGGAGAGUGUAUUCCCCUGGUGAAUCUCUGUGACAGUCACCCACACUGUAAGGAUGGCUCAGAUGAAGCACACUGUGUGCGUCUUUUCAAUGGCACAACGAGGAAAGGCUUGGUGCAGUUCAGAAUCCAGAGCAUAUGGUAUGCAGCUUGUGCUGAGAACUGGACCACCCAGAUUUCAAAUGAUGUUUGUCAGCUGCUGGGAUUAGGGAGUGAGAACUCUUCCAUGCCAAUCUUGUCUACUGGAGAUGGACCAUUUGUAAAAUUGAAUACAGCACCUAAUGGUAGCCUAAUACUAACACCUAGUAAAAAGUGUUUGCAGGAUUCAUUGAUUCAGUUGCAGUGUAACCAUAAAACAUGUGGGAAAAAACUGGUGGCCCAAGAAGUCAGCCAAAAGAUUGUUGGAGGAAAUGAUGCCGAGGAAGGGGCCUGGCCCUGGCUGGCUGCUCUGUAUUAUAAUGGCCGGCUGCUCUGUGGUGCAUCUCUGGUCAGCAGCGACUGGCUGGUGUCCGCCGCGCACUGCGUGUACGGGAGAAACUUAGAGCCCUCUAAGUGGAGUGCAAUCCUAGGCCUGCAUAUGACAUCGAAUCUGACUUCUCCUCAAAUAGUAACUCGGCUGAUAGAUCAAAUUGUGAUAAACCCACAUUACAAUAAACGAAGAAAGGACAGUGACAUCGCCCUGAUGCACCUUGAAUUGAAAGUGAAUUACACAGAUUAUAUACAACCUAUUUGUUUACCAGAAGAAAACCAAGUUUUUGCUCCAGGAAUGAAUUGUUCUAUUGCUGGCUGGGGGACACUUGUUUAUCAAGGUUCCACUGCAGACAUAUUGCAAGAAGCUGUUGUUCCUCUUCUAUCAAAUGACAAAUGCCAACAACAAAUGCCAGAAUAUAACAUUACAGAAAAUAUGGUAUGUGCAGGCUACCAAGAAGGCGGAACUGAUAGCUGUCAGGGGGAUUCGGGAGGACCGUUAAUGUGCCAAGAAAACGACAGAUGGUUCCUUGCUGGAGUGACGUCAUUCGGAUACCAGUGUGCGCGGCCUAAUCGUCCAGGGGUGUAUGUCCGGGUCUCCGAGUUCGCAGAAUGGAUACAGAGUUUUCUACAUUAGUUUUCUAAACCGAACAUUAAAGUCAGACAGUUUUCCCAUUGUCCUCUAGGAAGCAUGGAAACUGAGUUUUGUAAAAGAAAAGAAAAAAUAAAGUUACUAAAAGCUUUUAUUCUUACCUAAACACUAAAAUGCUGUGGGGAAAACGAACAAAUUAAUCUC